AUGGCAACCACCGACAGCUCAACACCCGAUCGCGGAGCGAAGAAAAUCGCGUGUCUCGAAUGCAGGAAAUCGCAUGUAAAAUGCCACUGGAAGACUUCAGUAUGCCCGCGAUGCACUCAAAAGGGUCUGGAAUGCGUGUGGGUGGCUUCUCGGAGAGGCGGGAAAGGCAAAUCCAAGCAGCCGCCGCAGCAAGCUGGCAAUGCGAUGUCGAGCAACGCUAAUCAGCAGGCCGCAACGGGACUUGAACUGACCAUGAUCACUCCUAUGUCGACCGACAAUGACACAUCCAGCCCUCCCGAGUCAUCACACUCCAACCUCUCGCUAUCAUCUCAGUCAGCACUCUCAUCGUCAGACGAUUACCUCACCAAUUGCUACUUCACCCACUUUCACGUGGCUCACCCGAUCUUGCUUCCAAGAAUCCCAUACGACACAGCGCCGUACCCGGAACACCUGAAGGCCACCGUCAAGUUCAUAGGCAGUCACUACGCCACCGGCGUCAACAUCUCCACCGACACGCUGAAGCUCCACGUUGCCGCUUUGCUUGGAAACAGCGACGACAAGACGCCGGAGAUGGUUCAAACACUACUGCUGUGUGCAAUCGCCCUUCACUCCCGAUACGAGCCAACUCAAGCCAUGUCCGCUAUCGACAAGGCCGCCACAAUGGCCAUUGAGCUUGGCAUGAAUCUCUCUGGGUAUGCUGCAGCCACGAGCGAAGGCAAUAUUCAAUAUGAGGAGAGCCUCCGCCGCACGUGGUGGGAAAUCUUCAUCACCGACGGCUACCUGGCUGCUCUGCACUCCCGCACCAACUUUCGCUCGAACAGCGUCAUCAUCACUACGAUGCUUCCGUGCGAAGACAAGUACUACACCACCGGAGCUGUCCUGCCACCGCCAGCGACUCUAGCACAGUUCGAUAGUCGACUCUGGAACUUUGAAGAGAUUCACUUCUCGUCGUACUCCUUUCGAAUCGAUGCUGUCCGCAUCCUGGCUCGAGUGAUUGCCGUCUCGAAAGCAAACGACACCCACGCCGAUGCAAUUCAGUCGCUCGAUAUCGAAAUCGCGAGCUGGAAGCACAGCCUGCCGCUCAAUAAAGCUGAGACCAUCGCUCGCAGCUGCGAUGGUGACCCGCUCAUGUUCCAGGCAUUCGCUUUCAUUGAUUUUGCGACCAUCCUCUUGCACUUCCCACGAUCUGAACUGCCGAUCCUCAUGCCGCCGUCUGCCAACGUCUCCUGUGCACAAAAAUCCAUGCAGCAGGUCUCUCCAACCUCGUCGCAACAUGCCGCUAGGGCGCUGAUCGCUUCCCGCGACAUCAUCAGCCUCGCAGGCCUGCCAGUGGCAAAGCACUCUCCAUUCCUCAUUUGCGGUCUCGUCUAUGCCUGCGUUGUACAGCUGACGGCAUACUGCACCUAUCCCCACGACAGUCCAGGGAACCAAGGUCGGGUGCACUUGGCCCUCGGCGUACUGAGGUCGUUCAGUUGCAACUGGAACGUCGCUGACUUCGUCUUGCAAAAGCUGAGAGUUGCAGCCCAUGAUGUGUUCAAUGUCCAACCCGAAGCUACAGGAAUCGAAGCUGGAGACAUGAACGGAGGGCUCUUCGACCAACAAUAA